AUGUCUAGCAACAACUAUUCCAUUCAUUCCAUCAUCGCGGCGUACGGCCUCGGUAUCGCCCCGCACGGAUACUACAUCGUAAAGAUGAUGGCCAACGCCAAAGGGCAGUCGAGCAAUAUUCUGCCUCGCGAAAAUUUGACCAAUCUGAAGGGUCGCAUUCCCGGUCAAGUCUGGGACAGACUUGCUCGCGCUCGUGGCGCCCACCUCAAUGCCAUGGAGGGAAUUCCCAUGUUCGCUGCUGCGAUGCUGGCCGGCAAUCUGGCAAAGCUUCCGGCGAAAGACUUGAAUUGGUUGGCUUUUGACUAUCUGAGCGCUCGCGUGCUAUACACCAUGGCCUAUAUGGGCGUCAAGUCAGAAGCUUCAAGCUACCUACGGACUGGUCUUUGGGCAUGGAGCAUCUCAGUUCCUAUUUGGGUACUUCUCAAGUCUGCGAGCGCUAUUCAGGGACAGGAGUAA